ACGACAAUAGCAACUUCACAACACCCAACAUGGCCGUUUGGCAGUGGUUCAAGAACAUACCACCCAAGACACGCAUGAUCAUCGGUGUGGGAGUCAUGGCGUAUGCGGGUGUUGGCCUCUACAUUUCCGAUGUGGCUGAAGAAAAACUCGGCUAUACCCCUACUGAAAAAGACAAGGAGCAAUUGAAGGAAGCUCUGCCAAAGAUAUCUGCUGUGGAGAAGCGAAGCACGUGAUUACCUUCAACAUCUUUUGAGCAACAUGAAAAAUCUACAUACAUUCACAUGGGCGAAACAGUGGAAUCGAUUCACCAUUUUCAGUUUCUGUGCUUGGACAUGCGGGGUGAAGUACUUUUGAA